AUGGGUGACGAGAAAGUUGGGUGGAAGACGGCAGCGAGCGGACCGCUUCAGCAGCUGUCGGCGCCGCAGCACGACCAGGGCAGAAAGUACUCGUACCAGCGACAGCCUUUGAUGGACGUGUUGGCCUCGUACGGCGGCGUGGCGGCCGUGUCGUCCAUUGACACAGACGACGGCUCUCUGAUCCCGCGUUCGUCGGCAGCGGCUCGCAAAAGCGGCGUCGAUAGUGAGACGCUGUCAGCACGUGCAAUAGCGAGCACUGCAACGACGAGCGUGACGGCAACGUGCUUCAACAUGGCGGUCGACGAGCGGGAGGCGAAGGAGCGGACUUGA